CCGGCUCGUUCACGGACAGACACAUCACUAGUUUCCAGCAACACAGUCCAGCAGGACAGAAGUAGCGUACUAGCAUGGCGCUCGGUGCGGCCGUUGGAGUUCCGUUGUCUCCGCCCGUUGUGUCCUUUUCAUGUUGUCUUUUUUUACUCUAAUAUCUGACAGAGGUAUGUUUAAACUACACUGUGUGCACCUCUAACGGAAAGCCGUCUUUGUUAGAGCAGUAGUUUGGGGGUUUAUACUCCAGAUAAAGUGGGUAGUAUAUUCCAGGUAGCUUGCUAACUAGCGGGGAAAAAAAAAAAAAAAAAAAAAAAAAAAAUUGGGAGAUACAGGACAAACAAGAGGAGGAGUCCUGUUUUGAAAGAGCUGAUGCAGUAUGCCAUGGCCACAGGCGAGGUAUGGGAGUGACGUGACAGUGCUGGUCCUGCUUCCAAACAAACAAAAAAAACCCCAGUCGGCGUCAUGUUUUUUCUGCUGAAGUAGUGGCAGAACACGCAUAGAAUGGACGAAUCAGUAUUGUUGGAUUUGCUUGAGUGCCCCGUCUGCCUGGAGCGCCUGGAUGCCUCAGCGAAGGUUCUUCCCUGUCAGCACACCUUCUGCCGCCGAUGCCUCCAAGGCAUCCUAGGCUCGCGCGGAGAGCUGCGUUGCCCGGAGUGCCGGACGUUGGUCGAGUGCGCCGUGGAUGAGCUCCCCAGCAACAUCCUUCUUGUGCGCUUGUUGGAUGGCAUCAAGCAGAGGCCGCGGAGGGCUGGUCCCGGGGCAGGGGUCUGCACAAAUGGCACGUCGGGAGCCGUGGCCAGAGCGCACAGCAGUGGGACCAGGGACCAGGGCACCCCAGGAGCACAACCCCAGCGAGCUCAGACUAAGAGCACCCUUGUCCGGGCUGGACCAGCCGAGCCAGAGACCGAUUGGCUCGGCGCUUCAGGCUGUGUGAUUCUCUGCAGCAGGGGUGUACCCCAGCUCCCUUGUGCCAAGGCGCUCUACAACUACGAUGGCAAGGAACCAGGAGACCUCAAGUUCAGCAAGGGCGACAUUAUCAUCCUGCGCCGGCAAGUGGACGAGAACUGGUACCACGGCGAGAUGGGUGGAGUCCACGGCUUCUUCCCCACCAACUUCGUCCAGGUCAUCAAGCCGCUGCCGCAGCCGCCGCCUCAGUGCAAAGCGCUCUACGACUUUGAGCUCAAAGACAAGGAGGCGGACAAGGACUGUCUGCCAUUCUCCAAGGACGAUAUCCUGACUGUGAUCCGAAGAGUGGAUGAAAACUGGGCAGAGGGAAUGCUGGGAGAUAAAAUUGGAAUUUUUCCCAUCUCAUAUGUGGAGUUCAACUCGGCAGCUCGGCAGCUUAUCGAGUUGGACAAGCCAUCAGAAUCCAACGGAGAUUCUGGCGAGGGGGCCUCCUCGGGGCCCCAGAGCAAUGGUGCUCAGCGGGCAGGGGAGAAGAAGAACAGCAAGAAGCGACAUUCCUUCACCUCUCUCACCAUGUCCCACAAACCCAUGCUAGCUCCUCCCCCUCAACGGCACUCCAUGGAGAUCAGCGGGCCGGUCCUCAUCAGCUCCAGUAACCCUACGGCAGCUGCUCGAAUCGGAGAGAUCAGUGGUGGGCUUUCCUGCAGCGCACCUUCACAGGUACACAUUUGCACAACUGGACUAAUCGUGACCCCGCCCCCUAGUAGUCCUGUUACCACAGCAACGGUCUUCACAUUUCCCUCGGAGACAAUCUACACAUCUAUUCCUGUGGAUGUUCUCCCACCGCCCCCACCUCCUCCCCCGCAGUCCUCCGUCGACGGAGCAGCGUAUUCACUGGCUGCCGGACAGAGACCCUCCCCCAGCAUAAGCGACCAAAGUGGGAGACAAAGACCCACAGUCUACGUGGCUAUGUUCCCAUAUACUCCCCGUAAGGAGGACGAGCUUGAACUAAGGAAGGGAGAGAUGUUUCUGGUGCUGGAACGCUGUCAGGAUGGCUGGUUCAAGGGCACGUCCAUGCACACUGGCAAGAUUGGAGUCUUUCCUGGGAACUACAUGAGCCCAGUCAGCAGGACUGCGUCGGGGAGCACCCAGCCCAAAGUGCCCAUGAGUCUGUGCACUCAGGCUGGCAGAGGGAUCACCAUCGUCAGCCCCUCUUCCGCUCCCCUUGGUGCCAUUGUUCCAGGUCCUGAUUUCAACAAACCCCUCGCCGUGUGCUCCAGCGCUGUACCAACCAACUCCCAGCCUGCAGCUGUGGUAACAGCAGCUCAAACAGCCACUGGCCAACAGCCAAAAGUCCCUUUGCACGUCAGCUCUCAGAUGACUGUGAAUCAGGCUCGCAAUGCGGUCAGGACAGCUGCAUGUCAAAGUCAGGACCGACCCACAGCCGCAGUGACACCAAUCCAGUCUGCAACACCGGUGACCUAUCUCCCCCACCUCGCCGUGUGCCCGCAGCCUUCCUCCAGUCCCGCCCAGGGCUGCACCCGGGCAAUGGGCUGCGCCGCCGUCUCUCUGACCCCACCCAACGUCAGCGCCGCGUCAUUGGAGGGCGACGCUUUGAGACCUGUACCUAUCCUCGCCGUGCCCGUCGGCUCCGUGAACAGCUCGGCUCUCAAUCCCGCCUCUAACAGCGCCACUCUGGCUUGCAGACUGGACAAAGACGUCAAGAGAGAAAAGAAAAGUCUUCUGAAGCUGUUGUCCUCCAAUAAGAAGAAGUCUCGUCCUUCACCACCCUCCUCGCCUACCCUUGAGGCAGAACAGGCUGCUGCCGGUGAGGCACUGCAUGGCGCAGUGGGCCCCGACACCUCCCCUCCUUCCGGCUCUGUCAACUGCCUCGAGCCUGAACCUGCUGCUGCUGCUGCUGCUGCCGUCGCUUCUUCCUCUUCAUCCUCCUCCUCCUCAGCCCCAGAGUCUUCCCAUCGGAAGAGCAGUCCCCUUGAUGGAUGUGCACCCAUCGCUCCUCCUCCUCGCCAGCCGUGCUCCUCUCUUUUAUCUCAACAACAUGACGCACGGCCCAUCAUAUGCGAGAGGUACAGGGUGGUGGUAUCAUAUCCUCCCCAGAGCGAGGCUGAGCUGGAACUUAAGGAGGGCGACAUUGUGUUUGUUCACCGGAAGCGGGAAGAUGGCUGGUUCAAAGGCACGCUGCAGAGGAACGGCAGGACCGGACUGUUCCCUGGCAGCUUCGUGGACAGCAUCUAAAACACACACACACACACAUUUCAGUGAAGCACAGUCAACACCCAGCUGACCGCAGCUGCUGCUAGCCUCGCUACGGCACGUCAACGUGCAAACCAAACGCGUCAGCACUCGAAAAGGUCGCUGGGAUUGGACUGUCACAGUGACACCCAAAAUCCUUUUUGAGCCUGACGUGGCUCCGGUCACCGAAAGAGAACGCUAGUGGCACAUGAGAGAGCUGCAGAGAAGAACAUAAUAUGUUGUCACUGAAAGCACAGUGCACAGAGUUAGAGGAGAGCACACUACUCAUGAACUUUUCCUUUUUUUUUGUUGGUUAUUUAUAUCUUUGUAACAAUUCAGCUGUUUAAUGUGUGCCUUGUACUGUUCCUCACUUUAUUGUACAUAAGGACACAAAGAUGAUUAGUCCUAAAACAACCAAUAUGAGCUGUUGAUAUAGAUAUAUGACACAUUUUAACUUAUUUCAUAGAUUGGCCUUUUUGUAGUGCAACACAUUAAGGGGUUAAGCUGGCACACGCCUUACGCCAUAUCACCACAUCAGUUAUGCUCCUCUCCCUCCGACUGCCGGUGAAUAGUUUUACCAUUAUUUCAACCUGUCAGCCGAGUCGAGGGGUCGGGGUGCAUCGGAUGCAACAGAACAAACGAGCAGUGUCAUCAUCACUUGUGCUGUAUUGUAGGAAAAAGGAUGCUUCUGCAGAUCUUAAAGGCAUUACCCAAAAAACCCGAGGACCGGAAGAGAAAUCUGCCGUAUUGCACAUUCGAGCACUCUAGCUACAGUUCGCCUCCGUGUGAACAUUCCACAUCACAAAACAUCUCUUCUCUCGUGGUGUGGCUGAGGCUAAACGUGCCAAAGGACUGAUACCUGCAGCGAUCGGAUACUUGCAUGCGACUAUAGCGAAAGCAGUCGACAAAGCUGAUGCCGGACUGUUUUUAAAUAAGCGGAAAACACUCUCCAAGAUAGACUACGCAGUCAAAUAUUGCUUACUUUGUACCUUCUUUGUAUUUACUGACCGGAGUAGCUUCUCUCCUAACCAACACCAUCGACAACGGCCAAACCCAGACGUAGCUCUGCGACACAAGAGCGACAUAACAUUUCAGUAACGGUGCACAACAAGAUUAUUUGUCAGUGUGUAUUUAUGUUUCGUUAUAAAUUCCACAGAGGCUGACACCUGCUGCUCUCAGAGAGUCUUUGUCAUGUAACUAACCUGGACACACACACACACACACACACACACACACACACACACACACACACACACACCGGACCACACUCAACCCUUCAGCCCUCUCAGUUUGUUUUUUUUGUACACUUGUAACUCAUUCCUAAUGUGACUUGUGUGGCAAUAAAAAAACACAGCUAGCUAAAGCACAGAAUGUUUGCCUAAAGUAACAUAUCAUUGUAUCACUCCACAGGAAGAAGAGAUGUGUGGCGUAAUUCUGUCGAACCUCGAAAAAAAAAAAAGAAGAUUUUAUUGAAAUGAAUCACUUUGACUCCCCUUGAUUUAUUUUUUUGUGGUUGGGUUUUGUUGUACAUUUACGUCUCUACAAAGUUUUCCAUGUUGAGUGUUGUAUUGACUUGAAUGACUGUAAGAUUUCUUUGUGACUGGAGGGUGUACUCGGUCGUAGGUUCAGUGAUUUAAACAUAAAAAGAAUAGCCAGAUUGAAUACUGAAUGAAGACCAGUUCAUCAGAUCAAAUAUCAAAGGUAUGAUUAGGUAACGUUAGAGACUGACCCCCUCCAGCUUCAGUGGGACCCCACAACAUUUAACAUAAUGUGACUUAUUCAUCAGAUCUUCCAUGAGUCCCGUGAGGUCUGAGGGGGCAUUUAAACACUUUAAAGGCUGGAUUUAGGCUUUGAGGAUGAAUUUACUGACUGAAUUGGACCCAUAUUUUUUUUUUUUUUAGUAUUUUGUUGUUACUUGAGGGGGACCACUGUGUAACUGACUGCUGGAAUAUGUUGUAGCUUGUUUGAAAUUUGAAGAGGGUGUGGAAAAGGAUGGUACAAAUCACUGUUAGGGCCUUUUUUUUUUUUUUUUUUUUUGUCUUUAUGAAUUGGUACUUAUGUAGAAUUAAUCUGAUAUGUUGCGUUGUUGUCUUGGCAAUCACCACACAAACCUCAGGCUCUGUGCUAAACUCUUCCUCCGAGUGUCUUUUCAUUUCACUGGUAAGCCUUUUAACACACACACACUCAUCAGACUUACUCCGACACAGGUGUUAACACUUUUAUGCACUAUCAUAACAUUUUUUUUUUUUUUUUUUAAUCAUACUGACUCGUCGUACAUGCAUAGGCUGCACAGUUCUCAAAAACAUGAAGCAUUUCUCACAACAGUUAAUAAACUAUAUUUUCAUUUAUUGGAACACAUGGCAAUGUAAGUUUGCUUGAUUCAACUUAACAGAUUUUCCUCAUGCCAAGGUGACUUACUUGAUUUUUUUUUUGUUUUUGUUUGUGUUUGUCUGUAGUUAGACUGUUUGUAUGUUUGAAAAUGGUGAAACUGAAAUCAACUUAUUUGGCACAAGUCUAUUAUGUGAAAAUACAUUCUGAAGUAUUUGAGGGAAUAGCACAUUUUGUAAAAAUCUAUAACAAUAAAAAGCUAAUGGUUUCCAUAA